AUGGAUACGGGCACGACCAACACCAACCGCAACGACGACAACAACAACACCAACAGCAGCAACAACGACACAGCUGGUGGUGGCCGCGCCCUGAACGUGGCGGAUAUGGCGCCGUCGUCGCUAUCGUCGUCGGGCGUGGGCGAUCGGCAGUCGAGGGAUGUGCGCCAACGCGGACGUGUACACAGGAUGCCUGCACUUGCUGGCGGUGACGGCACGAGUGUCGAUGACGAUGACGAUGGGGAUGGGGAUGAGGACGGCUACGAUUAUGGCGCCCAAUGA